AUGGUUGCCAUCAAGAACAUCUCCAUCACCUCCGCCCUCCUCCUCAGCGUUGCUGACCAGGCCCUCGCCGCCCCUGUUGGCGGGUCAGCCUCCCUGGAGACCCGAGCCCCUAAGGGCCGCUUCAAUGCCGCCGUCAGACUGGCAAACACUGCCAUCCAGGCAGGAGGACAAGUUGGUGCUGCGGCAGCAGGCCGUCCCCGAGACCUUGAGGAUGUCGAGGAGAGGGAUAUUGAGGAGCGAGCCCCCAAGGGCCGUUUCAAUGCUGCUGUCAGACUAGCAAACACUGCCAUCCAAGCAGGUGGACAAGUCGGUGCUGCAGCAGCAGGCCGCCCCAGAGACCUUGGGGACGUUGAAGAGCGAGAUAUCGAGGAGCGAGCCCCCAAGGGCCGCUUCAACGCUGCUGUCAGACUAGCAAACACUGCCAUCCAGGCAGGUGGACAAGUCGGCGCUGCUGCUGCAGGCCGUCCUCGUAGCCUCGAGCAGCGUAGCCCCAAGGGCCGAUUCAAUGCCGCUGUCAGACUAGCAAACACUGCCAUCCAGGCAGGUGGACAAGUCGGUGCUGCUGCUGCAGGCCGCCCCCGUAGCCUCGAACAGCGUAGCCCUAGAGGCCGCCUCGCCGCCGCUGUCAAGCUCGGGAACUCUGCUAUCCAGGCUGGAGGAAGCGUUGGCGCUGCCUAUGCCGGUCGCCCCCGUGACCUUGAGGAUGAUGACCUCGUCACUCGGGAGUGGGAUGACAUCGAGGAGCGUGAUAUCGAGGAGCGGGCCCCCAAAGGCCGCCUGAAUGCCGCUGUUAAGCUCGGAAACACUGCCAUUCAGGCAGGAGGACAAGUUGGCGCCGCUUAUGCCGGUCGCCCCCGCAGCCUCGAGCAGCGCAGCCCCAGGGGCCGCCUGGCCGCCGCCGUCAAGCUCGGAAACUCCGCCAUCCAGGCCGGAGGAAGCGUAGGCGCCGCCUAUGCUGGCCGACCUCGCUCCCUGGAGGCCCGAGCCCCCAAGGGCCGCUUCAACGCCGCCGUCAGGCUGGCGAAUACUGCCAUCCAGGCAGGAGGACAGGUCGGUGCUGCUGCUGCAGGCCGUCCCCGCGAUGUCGAGGACGAGGAUCUUGUUGCCCGUGAUCUGGAGGACGAGCUCGACGAGCGUGACAUUGACGAGCACGAGAUUGACGAGCGUGACCUCCUCGAGUACAUCUACGCUCGCUACCUCGAAGAUGCCGAGGACGUCGAGGCAUAG